AUGUUUGCCGAUGAUAUAAAGUUGUUCCAUCGUAUCAGUACCCCUCAGGAUUGCAUCCUUCUUCAAGAUGACCUCAACUCCUUGGUCACCUGGGCUGCAACCCAUGGGUUGGAUCUCUGUAUCCCUAAAUGCUCUUUAAUGGCUUUUUAUCGCUCUCUUAGUUGCCCUAUUAGUUUUAACUAUUCUAUAUCUGGUGUACUCCUUGAAUUUGCUGAAUUUCUAUGGACUAGUUCCUUGAAAGUACUUUUUUGCUCAUUUGUUCGUUCUAAACUAGAGUAUGGUGCUGUAAUUUGGUGCCAAGCAACUAUGAGCGACAGCUACCAACUAGAACGAAUUCAACGCAAGUUUCUGAAGUGUGCAUCCUUCACGUCAUCAAUUGAUUGUCCGCCUCAUGACUAUAAUCCAGUACUUUGCCACCUAGUCUUGACCACGCUGGCUGAUAGAAGAGUUCAAACAAACCUAUCAGUUUUGGCAAAACUAAUUAAUGGUCAAAUUGACUCACCUGUUCUUUUAAACAAACUUAAUUUUAGAAUCAAAGUUUUUAAUUCUCGUAGUGUUUUCAAAUUCCAUAUUCCCUUUUGUUCUGUGAAUUAUUUGCGAAACUGUCCUAUGUCACGCAUGAUGCGACUAGCGAACGAGGUUCCUUCGUUUCUAUUGGGGGACUAA